UAAUGUAUAAGUGAAUAUCAUAGUUAAAUAACAACGCAGUACUGUAACUUUAUUUUUUCUACUUGAAUCGCCUUCAACCAACUGAUAUAAGAUUUUGAGUUUAGAUAACAUACAUAUGAACUGUGGAACGUUAAAGAAUAGUCCGAAAAGGAAACACCAAUUUACAGAGAUUAUAUUCGAUUGUAGUUGGAAUAUGGCAACGAUAAAUGUCUUUCUUCUUAUGGGAUGCUUGAGUAAUAUCCAUGCAUCAUCGAGAAGCCAUUAUGGAAAAGAGUUUUACAUCGGGAUGCCUUCUGCUUGGAGUUCUGGAAACGAGGUUUAUAUCGAUAUUGCAUCACAAAGUAAGGGGAAUGCGUUUUUGGAAUUUCCAUAUUCAAACAAAUCAGACAAUCGAAGUUUGAACAAAGGAUCAACUACAUUGUCAGUAUAUAGCGAUGUAUUUACUCGCGGAGGAACGUUUACAGAAAAGACCGGUAUAUUCUUAAGGACAGAUGUGCCCGUAGCUGUGUUUGUAAGCAGCUAUAAAUUCUACCAAGCUGUAAUGGAAACUUAUCUAGCGUUACCAGUGUCAUAUUUAGGAACACGGUAUAAAGCUGCGUCCUAUCUGCCGUACCACAGCUACGUUUCGGAAAUGAUGAUAAUUGGGAUCUCUGACAAUACAACCGUAACAAUGACAGGUCAUAGAAGAAAUACCACUUUUCUAACAUUGAAUAGGAGCGAUGUUCACCAAAUCGACAGUAAAACGGACGUUUCUUUUACAAGCGUUCUGUCAGAUAAACCUGUGGCCGUAUUAUCGGGCUCAACCUGUAACGGUACACUAGGUCCCCGUGGCAAAGCUUUAUGUGAUCAGCUUGUGGAACAGAUGGUUCCAGAACACUUGUGGGGUGAAACAGUAAUUGUUCCUCCAGUUUUUCCUAAACUAGGAUUUGUGCUCAAAGUAUUUUCGUUUGAUAAUGCAGCAGUUUGUCUCAAAAAUCACUCAGAAACAAGGUGUGUAAGACAAUGUUUAAUGGGAGCCAGCCCAGUACUUGUGACUUCAAAUGCUUCGAUUAAUGUUGUACAGUACAGUGUUGGCCAGAAAUAUUAUGAAGAUGACAUUUUGUUUAUGACUGUUAUUCCGGGGAUAAAAAAUUAUCUUAAUAAUUAUUAUUUCGUUGUCCCAAACAUAUAUAGCCGAUAUGCAAACCGGCUGGCUAUUGUUGUGCCUUCUGUGGAAGUUGGAGGUCUCCUUUUAGACGGGUUACAACUAGGUCAAGCGGAAACAUUUACAGUUCCAGAGCCAUUUUCGAACUACACAAUAUUAAUUGUAUACGUAAGGACAGGAUACCACGAGCUAUACCACACAAACAAAAACGUCACGUUUGGUGUAAUAGCAUAUGCAAUUGGAGACAACACAGGUUAUGGAUUCCCUGUCGGAUUCGGCUUUCAGUCAGGUACGCCGUCAGCAAACGGAUUAGUUGAAAAAGAUGUUCAUUGCUUUUCUUGUGAAGAUAUGGGCCACGCUGAAUCAUGUGACGUUGUCAAACACUGUGACGAAAACGAGGUAUGUUACAUACAAUCAUAUGAAAAGUAUGGCAGAAAACUUUACCGAUCAGGGUGUUCACGGCCAGAUACGUGUCUGAAAGAAAAAGAUUCGUUUCGAGAUACGCCAGACAAGUGUAUGGAGUGUUGCUCAAAAAAUUAUUGUAACAACAGAGGAUGUGGCGAUAACGGACUAGGAGGAAGAGACUACCGCGGACCUGUUUGCUUUGACUGUCCAUAUGAGCGGUCUCCGCUUGACUGCAAUAAAAUCACUUUAUGUGAAAGAGAUGAGAUUUGCAGCAUUGAAGAAUACCGGAAGUGGGGAGAAGAUUCGCACUAUAAAAUGGGCUGUUCAAGUAAACAGUGUACCUUUUCGCUUCCUAAUCUGCAUGAGCCAUACCGUGGAUUGCCCAUUUGUCAGUCAUGCUGCACAGAGGAUUACUGCAACCUGAACUGCACAAAAACUUACCAAGGACCUAGUAUUGUUGGAUAAAACAGAAGGAAGUCAGCAUUUAGCAUUUCAACUAUGGAGAAAUUAGUUCUACCUUCAACACUUCUGACCUCAAACUUCCAUUUUCAUUUCUUCUAGCACUUUCUUACUUUUGACCAACAUCAUCUUUUCAUUUCUGAGCUCCUUAUUUUACACUUUCAACCUUCAUUUUCACGACAUCUAAUUCCAACUUCAAGUUUUCUACCAUCCACAUUUACUAUUUCUGAGUUUUUACUUCCAAAUUCCUGAUUUUAACUUCCAAUUUUACUUCUAACUUACAUUUUCUUGACUUUUAAAGCUUCUUUUAACGAACCUUUUACGCAUGUACUCCAUCCCGUAGCAGCAGACAGAGCAACAUAUGAACAUGGCUAAAGACCCAACAAAUCAGGACAGCAAAAAAAAUUAGAACAGCUUCCUAUCAUGGCAUCUCCGAAUUCUUUCGUUAGACCCGAUCAUUGAGGUAAAGUGUAGUGCCUUACUAACUGGACUGAACACCAAACAAGCACAGUAUCUUCGAAUAACCUGUUCAUAACCUCUUAUUAUAAAACGUUUUAUUAUUUUACCAUAAACAACAGAGAAAAUUGACAUGGAAGCUGAUAAGUAAAUACUCUUAAAGUAAUGCCUGUGUUCAGAUGAUUGGGGGUACAAGAGCAGUAACUUGAAGAAAGCUUUAUGCACACAUAAUAUCUUUGUUAUCUCCCUUGCACAUUAUUAUGUGUUUGAACGUACAACUGAUAUUUCUAAAUAAAUGCAUUUGUAAAACAAUACAUGAUCUGCCCAUACUACGCAAAUACCGCAUAAAUUUAAAUUGCAAUACAUACAAGGAUAUCUAUUCCAAAAAUACACAUAAAAGAGUUGGGUGAGAUUUCCCGCAACCCCAUUUAACAUAUUAUUUUGUAGCAGUACGUUUUAACUAUUGUAACACUUCGAAGAAAAUUGGAGAAAUCUAUUCUCGGUUACAGCUGAUUUUGUCGAUGCAUAUUGAUAUAACACUGGACUUUGAUGAAAACUUGUCAGUCCCACCGUGGCUGUAAUGAUUUUAAGACCAGCUUUUCAAUUCAAGCAACUUACCACAUCUUGAUAAUUGCAAUUCCUACUUUAUAGAAUAUAGAAUUCUAAAGCGGCUUCGAUUUUAUGAACAUAACGAGUAGAUGUAUUUUUAGCUCACCUGAGCACAAAGUUCUCAAGGUGAGCUUUUGUGAUCGCCCUGUGUCCGUCGUCCGUCGUCCGUCCGUCCGUCGUCGUCAACAAUUUGACUGUUAACACUCUAGAGGUCACAAUUUUGGCCUAAUCUUAAUGAAACUUGGUCAGAAUGUUACCCUCAAUAAAAUCUUGGACGAGUUUGAUACUGGGUCAUCUGGGAUCAAAAACUAGGUCACCAGGUCAAAUCAAAGGAAAAGCUUGUUAACACUCUAGAGAUCACAAUUUUGACCCAAUCUUAAUAAAACUUGGUCAGAAUGUUACCCUCAAUAAAAUCUUGGACAUUUUAGAUAUUGGGUCAUCUGGAUUUAAAAACUAGGUUACCAGGUCAAAUCAAAGGAAAAGCUUGUUAACACUCUUGAGGUCACAAUUAUGGCCCGAUCUAAAUGAAACUUGGUCAGAAUCUUACUCUCAAUAAAAUCUUGGACGAGUUUGAUAUUGGGUCAUCUGGGGUUAAAAACUAGGUCACCAGGUCAAAUCAAAGGAAAAGCUUGUUAACACUGUAGAGGCCACAUGUAUGACGUAUCUUCAUGAAACUUGGUCAGAAUGUUAAUCUUGAUGAUCUCGAAGUCCAGUUUAAAUAUGGGUUAUGUAGUUUCAAAAACUAGGUCACCAGGUCAAAUCAAAGGAAAAGUUAGUUAACACUCUAGAGGCCACAUUUAUGACCGUAUCUUAAUGAAACUUGGUCGGAAUGUUAAUCUUGAUGAUCUAUAGGUCAAGUUCAAAUCUGGGUCAGGUGGGGUCAAAAGUUAGGUCAUCAGGUCAAUCAAAGGAAAAGAUUGUUAACACUCUAUAGGCCACAUUUAUGACUGUAUCUUCAUGAAACUUAGUCGGAAUGUUAAUCUUGAUGAUCUUUAGGUCAAGUUCGAAUCUGGGUCAUGUGGGUUCAAAACCUUGGUCACCGGGUCAAAUCAAAGAAAAAGUUAGUUAACACUUUAGAGGCCACAUUUAUGACCAUAUCUUAAUGAAACUGUCUUGAUGAUCUUUAGGUCAAUAGGUCAGGUGAGCGAUACAGGGCCUUCAUGGCCCUCUUGUUUCUUAGACUUUGUACUUAAUUUUGAUGCCACAUCAUUUCACACAAGGUGCAUAACCCUUGCACAUCAACACUCACAUCAUAUGACACAAGGGCCAUAACCCUUGCUCCAGUAUUUCAUGAAUUAAUACCUCUUUUUACUUAGAAUUUCAGGUUUAAGUUUUAAUGCACUUUAUCUUUGUUAUUACUUGAUGUAUUUACUUCAAACUUUAAACUUUAAAUAGUUGUUCCUCAUCAUCACCCACAUCAUAUGACACAAGGGUCGAAACUCUGGCUCCAAUAUUUCAUGAAUUAUCCCCCCUUUUUACUUAGAAUUUCAGGUUAAAGUUUUUACUUAAAACUUUAGGUUAAAGUUUUGGUGCACUUUCACUCAAUCUCAGUUAUUACUAAAUGGAUUUGAUUCAAACUUAAAAUAGUCAUUCAAAAUCAUCACUCAUAUCAUGUGACCCAAGGGCCAUAAGUCUUGCACCAUUAUUACACGAAUUAUCCCCCCCCCCUUUUUACUUAUAACUUCAGGUUAAGUUUUCUAUGCUGUGUUGGUGCACCGUAAAACCCAAAUAAAUAAAUAAAUAAACAAAUAUUGAUGCACUUUCACUCUAAUUCAGUGAUAACUGAAUGGAUUUGAUUCAGACUUAAAAUAGUUGUUCCGCCUUAUCACUCUAUGAAAAUUGUUCAAAUUAUGCCCCUUGGGUGAAAAGAGGCCCCGCCCCCGGGGAUCCCAAGUUUUGCAAAAACUUAUAUAGGAAAAAACUUUAAAAAUUUUCUUUUCAAAAACCACAAGAUCUAGGACUUUGAUAUUUGGUAUGUAGCAUUGCCUUGUGGUCCUCUACCAAAAUUGUUCAAAUUAAUACCCUUGGGUGAAAAGAGGCCCUGCCCCGGUGGGUCUGAAGUUUUACAUUGACUUGUAUAGGAAUUAAAAAAUAAAUCUUCUUGCUUGUAACUGCAAGGCAUAGGCUUUUGAUAUUUGGUAUGUUGCCUUGCCUAGUAAUCCUCUACCAAAAUUGUUCAAAUUAUGCCCCCGGGAUUAAAAGAGGCCCUGCCCUGGGGGUCUAAAAUUUAACAUAGAUUUAUAUAGGAAAAAAUAAAAAAUCUUCUUGUCCAAAAGUUCAAGGUCUAGGCCUUUGAUAUUUGGUGUGUAGCAUUGCCUACUGGAUCUCUUAUAAGAUUGUUCUAGUUAUACGGUAGGAAAAAGUAACCAAAAUUAUUAGAUCAUAGUUCCUAACUUUCUAGACUGUUUAGUUAUAAUUACCUGAUAACCUCAAGUGAUUAGGGGUCACCUGACUGUGACCUUGACCUACUGACCUACUUUCGUGUUAUUUAAGAUACAGUCUUGAAAUUUGGAUGACAUGUACAGUUUUGCACCCCGAUCUUAAAACUGACUUUCAGUGACCAUGAAUUAGACGUACUGACCUACUUUCUUUAUAUUUUAGCGUCAGUUUGCCAUUUGAAAUGGGUGGCUCAUAUUACUCAGGUGAGCGAUUCAGGGUCAUCAUGACCCUCUUGUACUGGUAUUUAUAUUCAGUUAGUUAUUCAUGACGAUUUAGCAAAAAGGAUUGAGUCCCAUUCACUCUCCAACUCUACUCUCUCCUGACAUUAUUGAAAAUUUCAAAUUAUGUUGUUUUUGUUCUUUUUUCUUUUCUUUUUUUGCACUGGUAUCAACACACUGUUUAUGGGAUUGUUAAAAUACCAAAAGGCAAUUUUAAGACUUAUAUAGUUGCUCAGAUAAGAGUUUAUAUUGAUAAGUAUAAAUGUGAUAAACCUACUUUGCGAAUGAAUUUAUUAAUUUAAGGAUUGCAUAUUGUCAAGAAUUAGCAUUUUAUUUACAGUAACAUGUUUAGUUGAAAUUCAUAAGAAAUACAAGUUUGUAAAUUAUUAAUACUUCCCUUUCCACUAUCUAUGUUGUACAUUUAAGGUAGAAUGGAAAUAAUGAAUUCCGAGCCUAUAAUUAUGUUGGUUUAUUUCAGAUUUUUUAGAUAUCCUGACAUCUAUCUAUUGGAAUGUUAAACUGAAAUCAGAAGAAAUACUCAAUUAUUUAAUACUUUCGUAUUAAACGGUGGUAAUCACGGGAAUAUCUUGCUGCUAUGGCAAGACAAUUAUAUUGUUCAAGUUUUAUACAAAACAAACUUAACGUUCUUGCAAGCACUACAUUUUUUCAGUUUAUACAUAUACACAAAUGAGCCAUGUUAACAAUUGUGGUGGAGAACUACUAGAGAAUGAUUGUCUGAUCUAGAUUAUUGUUCGAGCUGUUUCAACUACAGGCGGAUUUUGCAUUUUCUGUAUUUUUAAAGUUGACAUCUGCAAUGAUUGUUUGAUUUCAUAAUAGUUAUAUACGACUUUUAACCCUUACCCUGCUAAAUUUCUAUAAUGAACAUGACCAUCUUUCAAUUUGGACUGUACCGUUAACAGACUGUCAGACGGUACUGUUGACAGAGGUGCUUACCAAAAGAUACUGAAUAAAUGGCGGACAGUGCAGAUCAUAAUCAGACUGCGCGGAUUCGUCUAACAGUAUAUUUAACAAAUGAUCAGGUAUGUGAAGCG